GCUGUGUGAGGGGCAGCGGGGUUCCCAGCCCAGGCUGGGGCCGGGGGCGUCGCCGGGGGGUGGACCUCUGGGCGGGACGCGGAGCGUGGGGGCAGGGUUACGGCGGGCUGGGCCUUAGUCCCGCCCCUGGAGCGCGGGAGGGGAGCGGAGCUCGGCGGCGGGCUGGGCCCUUCCGCCUCUCCCGCUAGCCGGCUCGGUCCUGCAGUGCUUUCUCCCGGCGGCCGGAGUCCGGCCGCCCCCUCCCCACCAUGCCGCCCGCUGGGCUCCACCCGGCCGCGCCGCUCGCCGCAAUCGCCCUCUUGGCGCUGGGGGCUCCCUUGGCGCUGGCCGAUGAGGACUGCCUGUGGUACCUGGACCGGAAUGGCUCCUGGCACCCGGGCUUCGACUGCCAGUUCUUCACCUUCUGCUGCGGGACCUGCUACCAGCGGUACUGCUGCCGGGACCUGACCUUGCUCAUCACCGAACGGCAGCAGAAGCACUGCCUGGCGUUCAGUCCCAAGACCAUAGCAGGCAUCGUGUCGGCCGUGAUCCUCUUCGUGGCUGUUGUGGCCACCACCAUCUGCUGCUUCCUCUGUUCCUGCUGCUACCUGUACCGCCGGCGCCAGCAGCUACAGAGCCCCUUUGAAGGCCAAGAGAUUCCAAUGACGGGCUUCCCAGUGCAGCCAGUAUACCCGUACCCUCAGGACCCCAAAGCUGGCCCUGCACCCCCACAACCUGGCUUCAUGUACCCACCUAGUGGUCCUCCUCAGUAUCCACUCUACCCAGCUGGGCCCCCUCUCUACAACCCUGCAGCUCCUCCCCCCUACAUGACAGCACAGCCCUCUUACCCCGGAGCCUGAGGAAUCAGCCGAGUCUGCUGCCCUUCAGUGAAACCCCCACCUGUUCCUGCAUCUGGUCCUGGGGUGGCCAGGGGUCCUCUACAUGGCAGGCCCCAGACCGGGCGAAGCCCUGGACCCUCCUGGGAAGAGUGUAGUCUGUGGAACAGGAACAGAGUGGGAACUUGGCCAUAAUGGGGGAGGGGGGUAGUGGUGGGACUUGGGAUUAAUGGACUGUUUUUCUUGGGGGCAAGGGAAGGACAUGAAAGCUGGGUCACAGUUCCUGCUUUCAAAUAGUCCCCCUUCUCCCAGGAUUGCAGCAGGGAAGGCCAGGCCCCCCCCCCCGUUUCCCCCCCCCCAAAGGGCUGGGAUAAGACUGAGAGAGGCUCCAUGAGCCGAAAGAAGCCUCCUCCUGGUGGCCCUCGGCCAGCUCCCAGGCCUGCUGGAUUAAAGCAGUAAAGCUGUAA